UGUCAGGUGGCGGGUCCCCGCCCGCCCGGCGGGCCGGGGAAGGGCUGACAUGAGCCCGGCGGGACGCUGGGCCCUCCUGUUGCUCUGCCUACUGAAGUCCGCCCGAGGGAGGCCCCAUCUGGCCCCUCCCCAGAACGUGACGCUGAUGUCCCGGAACUUCAGCGUGUAUCUGACAUGGCUCCCAGGGCCUGGCAACCCGCAGAACGUGACAUAUCUCGUGGCUUAUCAAAGCUUUGCAACAACCCCCAGACGGUGGCGAAAAGUGGAGAAGUGUGCAGGAACCAAAGAGCUGACAUGCUCUCUGAUGUGCCUGGAGAAACAGGACCUAUUCAACAAGUUCAAAGGGCGUGUGCGAGUGGUUUCCCCCAGUGCCAAGUCCGUCUGGGUGGAGUCCAAGUACCUGGAGUACCUUUUUGAAGUGGAGCCGGCCCCGCCCAUCCUGGUAGUCACUUUGACAGAGGAGGUCCUGAAGGUCAACGCCACAUACCAGCUGCCCCACUGCAUGCCCUUGUCGAAUCUGAUGUAUGAGGUGGAUUUCUGGAAGGAGGAGGCUGGGAACAAGACCCGACUUCCCGCCACUCGCCACGGCCAGGAAACGCAGAUCCCCCUCCAGCUAGCUGCCAGUGGGAACCACUGCGUCAGCGCCAGAACCAUCUACAUCUGCGAUGACCCUAAAUACAGCGAGUUCUCCAAGCCCACCUGCUUCUCCCUGGGGACCCUAGGAGUCGGCUGGGUGUCCCUGGUGCUGCUGCCACUGCUGUUGGUUCUCCCCGCGGGGUGUGUGAUCUGGAAGAGCUGGGUGACCUGGAAGAGCUUCUCGAGGAACCCUUGGUUUCAGCGGGCAGAGAUGCCGCAGGCUCUGGACUUUUCUGGACACAGACUCCCCGUGGCGACCUUUCAGCCCUGUGGCCCCGAGCCCCUGGAUGGCUUGAUCCUCUGUCCCCAGAAGGAACCCACCAGAAGAAUCAAACUGAUCUCUAGGGUCAGGGCCCUAGCCAUCGUCCAGGCAGGAUCAGAGGAGGACGGAGCUGAGGAAGAGGAUGACGAGGAGGAGGACACAGACGACGAUGUCAGCUUCCGGCCCUACAUUGCACCCCCUCCCUUCCUGGAGCGGGAGCGCCAGACCCCGGGGCAACCUGAGGAAGGGGUCCAGGUCAAAGGCUGCCCUGCUUGGGAUUCUUCAGACGGAAGCUGGGCCAGCACUGUCGGCUCCUGCCCCUCAGACGGGGCUGGGUCCUCCGGCUAUUUAGUCAAGAAGGGGCUGGGCCAAGUGCUGGGUGAGGACAGGUGUCAGGACCCUCUGCUGCUCCCCAAAUUCUCCAAGGACUUGGGUUCCCUGAAAGAGCUCCAGAGAGAUGACCCCUCCUCCUGGGCCGGCUGGGGCUCCUCGUCACCGUCACCGAGGCUGAAACUGGCCCCCGGGGAGCCUCUAGUUUCUUUUCAGACACUGACCUUCGGCUGGGACAGCGGCACCGAGGAGGGGGAGGAGGAGGAGGAGGAGGAGGAAGAGGGUGGGAGCGAAUCAGAACUUGGGGACAGCAGUGCUGGCAGCUGGGGGACUGACAGCCUGCAGAGGACUGAGGCCAGGAGCGUGACACUGGGGCAUUACAUGGCCAGGUGAGCUGUCCCCCGGCUUCCUGCCAAAUCUGGUGCUACUGAGCUUCCCAAGGACCCAAGGUGCCACUGGGACUUGAAAGCCUGAGAACAUCGGCCCUGGCGUGGCACAGUGUUCUCUCAGCGCUUCCCAAACCCCAGCUAGAGGCCAUUUGUCCGUCUGGUUGAGCGGUAAGGAGCCACCUCAUGCUGGGACCCACCAGCUAUGGGCGGAGCUCCAAAAGGACUAGAGAAGAGGAUGGGCUGAGCUCAGACCACCCCACUGUCCCUGGGGUGAAAGGUCAGGUGGAAAAAUCAUCCCUGGACACAGGUGCGGCCAGGUCACAGUGGACAUCAAGGGCUGACACCACAAGGGGCCGCCUGGGUCGAGGGCAGGACGUUCGGAGGCACAACUGUGUCAGAGCCUCCUGCCUUUCUCCAGCACCACCCCCCAAGUCUUGGGCUCCUGAUUCAUGAGCCCCCAGGGCAGGCCACAGUGAGGAAGAACCUAGUUGACAGACGGCGUUGGAGGGGAAGGGAAGGGCGGCCCUCAGUUGCAUCCCCAUCUCCGUCGUGGAGCUGCACAGGUUUGCUGUCAGGCCAGCCGACCCGGGCCCAAAUCCCAACUCUGCCGUUGCCCAGUCCUGUGACCUGGGUGAGCGCCUUCCUUCUCUGCGCCAGGGUUCCCUCAUCUGCACUUCCCAGCUGGGGUGUGGGGAUCCUGGUCAGGAAACCCAGCCCAGGGGGUCCUCAGCCCCUCUCCCUUUGCCCAUUGAAAAACCAAACAGUGCAUCUUCCAGGGGCUUCUGGUUUGUUUGGGGUGGGGCAACAGCCUGGCAGGGACAGGACCCCCAGCUGUGACCCUGCUGCAGACAGCACUUUGACCCUCUGGCUGGCCACUGUGGUUAUAAAAAAGUCCCAUCUUCCCUGCCUGUUAUGAGAAACCAGUGUCUUCUAGAAACAGGCCGUUCCCGGGGGCAGUGAUGGGUGCUCGCUUCGUUAACCUGCCCCCACCAGUGUGCGGACGAGCACAGCCGAGUUUCCACCCACAGGCACCAGGAUUCUGUCUAAAGCAGCCGAGAGGUUGACCUAUGUGUAUCUCUUCGGUCUCUGGCCAGCUGGUCCAUCUGCCGUUCCCUUGGCCGUGUCCGCAAAGUGCCGAGGUCACAGCAAGGACUUCCCAGGGGCACAAAGCUGGCAGGAGGCCUUCGCUGCUGGGACUCACAGGCAUACGCACACGUGUGCACACGUGUGUGUGCUUGGACAGGGGUGAAGGCUUGUCCACAUCGCUGAGUGCAGAGGAGGAAGAACACACUGAAGCCUCGCUGCUAGGCAAGGCUGAGGCUCGGGGUCUCUCCCAGGAAUUGCCGACUGAAGCUGGAGUUCCCUCUGGAACCCAGAUGAGCUGCUUCAUGAAGGUAAUUUCGAAAAACAAAGCCGUUAGCAUUCUGGUGAAAGAAUCACAUUAUCUUUAUUAUUAUUAAACACUGGGGUUUUUUUAAGCUAAGCUUUUUUUCAACGUUUAAUUUCACAGAUAAGCCGAGCUUUUUAGUAAUUUUAAAUUCCAGCUCCUUUACAGUGAUUGCAUCACAAAAAAACUGUGGGAAACAUCCUAACACUCACCCUUUGACGGGCACAGCCAGCCCCAGGGCCACGAUGAGGGACAGCGAGUCAAGAAUACCUAAUGCCUUUGGUUGCAGCAACUUAAUAAUUUUUCAGAGCACAGUUGACUCUUGAAGGGAUUAGGGGCGCUGACCCCACCACACAGUCGAACAUUCACAUAUAACUUUUGAACCCCCCAGAAACUCCAGUCAUACCUCAGUAUCUGCAGGGUAUCGGUUCCAGGAACGCCCCCCUACCAGCCCCGCGUCCGCAGAUACCAAACCCCAUGCGUGCUCAAGUCUGCCCGCCACAUCCGCAAAUUCCCAACCAAGGAUCAAAAAUACUGUUUUUGGUCAUGUCUGGUUGAAUCUGCAGAUGCAAAUCCCAGGGAUACGGAGGGCCGAUUGUAUAUUUAUGGAGAAAAAUCUGCGUCUAAACGGACCCGUGCAGUUCAAGCCCAUGUCGUUCAAGGGUCAGCUGUACUGAGAUUAUAUAUUAUUCUUAGAUUUUCAUAUUUAUUUCUAACUUUCUAUGUUUAUAUCAUAUUUAAAUAACUUCCUAAUGCUCAUUUUAAAACUCUGAACUUUUAAAUAAAGAGCUCUAUUUUUAGAGAAAAUGGAAGAAUUGAAUGGAAAAGUGUGUGCUCUUAUUUCUCAAAGUCUCACCACUCACCUGGCUGUUUAACCAGAAGGGUCCUGGGCUGGGUCCCAGCAGCUGAGCCAGAGACCAGGGUUUCUGGGUGCAAAGCGCAGCAGCCAUGCCAAAAGCACCCACAAGGGAGUGGAAGCCAGACAGAGGGAGGGCAGCCAGCCCAGGUACACCAUCAAACAGGUCACUGCUGGGGGCACUAGGGUCCCUGUCCCCCUGACGGGCAUUGGGAGUUCAGUGUUGGCCCCUCCAGAUUUGUUCUGCCCGGGCCGGCUGGGGAAUUUAUCUACCAACUCCCGCUGGUCCUGAGAGGGCUGCCCCCUGCUGUAGAGUUGUAGGUACUUGCAGUCGGGAUCCAUCGGGGUGAACCCGCGAGAAAGGCGAAGCAAUGGAGGUGGGGUAGGACACCCACAUCACCUGCUAUAGUGAGGCUGGAGCUGUGCCCACCUCGCUGGCAGCUCGCCCCAAGGUAGAACUCCAGUUCGCGGAAGGAUACAGAACAUCCUCAGUGUCCGGUCUCACAAACCCAAACUCACUCCAGACGAGCACUAACGAAGGUCUCCCAGGUCCCGGCGAUUGUCAGGCCACCUGGUCAAUGCCCAGCGCUGUCCUUGCAGACUGUCACCUUCUACUUGGGAGCUAGAUCCAAGCUGAGCUGAUCCGCGUCCCUUUCCCAGGAAUUCAGAAGCCUUCCUGGCUGGCUGCACCUGGAACAGGGUCCAACCUACUGCGGCCCUACCCUCCACCCUGAGAAACGGGAAAACCCAGCGUGCCGGGGCGACAAGAAUGCGGCUGCCACACAGACCCCUGAGAUGAGAUCCUGGGUCUGAUCCAUCCCAGU